GUUUGACUUAGUUCCCUCUGCACGACUGAGGAUAAAACCUUGGCUGAUAGUGGACAUGGCCGAGUAUGGCUUCGCAGAAAUCGAGGUCAUAAACGCAGAUACCCCCUGGUGUGCUGAUUGUAGAAGAUUUUACCACUAUGCAGGAGACCAGGAUUGCCACCUGAACCCGAGAUACAAAAAUCAGAGAAAUCAGAAGAAACAGGGCCAAAAGGAGCAUCCUGGGCGAGAGAAAUCGAAGGGUAAGCACCAAGGGGGAGGGAAGGAGAAACAGAAAGAAGCAAGAGACAAGGGUAAGGGGGAGGCAUCGAGCUCUGGUGCAUCCCCAGAGAAAGGGGGAAAUGGGGAGGAACCGAAGAAGUCCAACAAGGACGACCCAAACCCUGCCCCUCAUGCGGGUAAAGGAAAGGAGAUUGUUGUGUGGAAGGAGAAAAGAUCCUUCCGAGAAGUGGUCAAAAACGGGAAACCCUCCGGAACAGAAGACUCGGGUCAAAAGGGACAGGGGGAUCAGGAAAAGGAAGUGGAGAUGAGAGAAGAUCUGCAACAGGUUGGGAACGAUAAUGAGGAGCUGGAGAAGACAGCAGGGGAGGAGGUUGCAGGAAAAGGAGAGGUGGAGAAGGAUAGGGACAAGGAGGAUAUCGAAAUGGGGGAAGGAGAAAGUGACGGGGAUGCAGACCCGCAGGAAAAAGAGAAAGUUGGGUUAUCCACGAUGGAAGAAAUCUUAGAAGAGAUACAUCAUGAUGAGGAGGAGAAAAGGAUGGAGGAUCGAGAGAUAAGGGAACGGGAUGAAGAGGAGGAAGGGGAAAGGGAAUCAGAACAAGGACUUCUCCUAGAAGAGGAAGAACUGUUGCAGAAUAACGAGAAGAAAACGAGCCCUUCGCCCCUGGGGGACGAAGAUUCGAUGGAACAGAUGGAAAAUCAGGGUGAUCUCGAUGGCGAAGGGGAAGGAAGUGAGGAAGGAUCUGUCAACUCCGAACAGGAGGAAGGAAAUGGGGAGGGUACCGAUGCGGAGGAGGAGGACGGUAUAUUGGGGAUAGUGGGAGAGGCCUUGCAAGGUUCUAGUGGCGGAUCCACUCUUCAGAGGGAGGCUUUGACGGAGAAUGGGCCCCCCGGGAGUCUCGAGGAUGGGUCAACACAAAAAGGCAAUGAUGGUUUUAGAAUUUACGAUAAUGCCUAUUUUGAGAAGGAUCAGUUGAGGGAAGGUAACGAUUUUGUUUUAUCUCUGUUAGUUGCCCCGGCACCGAGCAAAGCAACGAGACUUAACCGUAAGGCAACAAUUAAUAACGUACGGUCCGGAAGGACUCCGUCAAAAAAAGCAAAAAUGAAUGAUUCUAGAAGUGUGGAGACCGAUUGUGAAGAACUGACAGAGGCUACUCCGGAACCAGUUCUGAGAGAAGACUCCGUAAGUCGAAAGCGUUGCCAUGGAUUUAGAGUGAACCGCAAGGAAUUAUCCCAAGCGGGUCCUAUGAAAACGCUUUCCUUGGCGGACAGAUCGAAGGGGUCAGUGAAAAAAUUCUUAGUCCCCCUGAUCCUCUCGGAGGUACCGCCCAAUGGUACACUGGUUCUUACGAGGCUGACCGACAACGAAGUUUUGGAGAUACCUUCAAUACCGGUUAACUCAACGCCCUCUGACGAGGAGGUGGCAGAAUUAACCAAGCGUCAUGUUCUGCAUCACACGGGAUCGGUGGUACCCCUUCCCACCUUCAAACCUCAACGAUUUCUUUCGUUGAUGGAUAAAGGAGCACCGGUGGCCCUUUACUUUGCUGUUUUGGGACUAAAAUCGAUUACAGACUCAUUUGACAAGUGGUGUGACCUGCGGGUGCACUGGUUCCCCAUGCAGCAGCUGUUGAAUGACCAGACAGACCAGUCGGCGCCUCUGAGUUUGCCUGGAGGAAGGCAAGGGGCGGUGAUUGCAGAGUGGGCAAGGUAUGCCUGCCUACAGGACAAGCUAUCAGAUGAGAAUACUUCACGACUGCUGAAGCUUAUUCGAAACGGGAACCUUUAGCAGCCAGCUAGGACCCGCCCGCCAAUGCCACCUCAGACGGAAGACAGCCGGAUCCAAUUGAACGGCGGAUGCAGACCUGAUGGUCCGUCCGCCUAAGUUACGU